AUGGCCGAGACACAGACCGCGGAACGCGACUACAGGCGAGGCCGUGCGGCCGGGGGAUCUAGCUCCACAAGCCCAAAAGGCUCUGGCGGUAGUGCCCGUUUGGAUGGAAAACCCAAAGUAGAUUCAUUCCAUAAUAGAGAUGGACUGACAUUGAAGACAUACUCCUGGCAAGUAAAGAACCCAAUAGGAGUGAUAUUCCUAGUCCAUGGACUCAACACACAUGUACGGUUAGAGUACAUGCGACACAACGUAGAUAUAGUGAGCUCAGAAAAAGCUAUUCUGAAGGAUGCAGAUAAUUACUACAUUUACAAAGACAGUUGGAUUGAGCAUUUCAACAAAAAUGGCUACUCCGUAUAUGGCAUGGACCACCAGGGACAUGGGCAAUCUGACGGUUGGAGGAAUUUAAAAACAAACGUGAAAAAGUUUGAUGAUCUGGUAUAUGAUCUGAUACAGUACAUUAAUAGGGUGCACGACGUUAUCUGUCUACGGGGUCAGAAGGAUGCAAUGAAUGCAGAAACGAGUAAGAGCGGUUCGGCGGAUUCCCCCACUUCCGGCACUUCUCCUUCAUCCCCCAUGUCUGCUGCUUCGCCUGCUUCUUUCGCGCAGAGGAACAACAACUCAUGGUCCAUUCACAACAACCUGAAAAACACCAAGACGCCUCCCUUCUACAUUAUGGGUCUCUCCAUGGGUGGAAACAUAGUACUAAGGACAUUAGAAAUUUUGGGCAAAUCCAAAGAUCAUAGUGCCAAACUAAACAUAAGAGGAUGUAUAUGUUUAGCCGGCAUGAUAUCCAUAGACGAAUUAGCCUCCAAAGCAUCUUACAAAUAUUUCUACAUACCUUGUGGAAAAUUUUUUGCCACCGUAUUUCCAACCCUAAGACUCACGCCAUCCUUGUACUUUAAGAAGUAUCCAUACGUUAAUCAAAUUUUUAAGUACGAUAAAAAUAGAAAUAAAAGACCAAUAACGUGCAAGUUGGGCUUUGAGCUUCUGAACGCCAUUGAAAAUUUAAAUAAGGACAUUCAUCAUAUUCCAAAGGAUAUCCCCAUCCUUUUCGUCCACUCAAGACAUGACAGUGCUUGCUUCUUUGGGGGUGCGGAAACCUUUUAUAAAAAAAUUAAUACCAACCUUAAGGAGUUACACGUACUUGACGAUAUGGACCAUGUCCUCACCAUGGAACCGGGCAAUGAGCGCGUUCUAGAGAAGGUCCUUGCGUGGUUGUCUUCCCUCUCCCGAUCGGAUGCAAGCGGCAGCUAG